GGCUAGCAUGGCAGGGGCUGGGGAAGGCUGAAGUCAUGAGCCAGGAACUCCAGUGAGGUCACUCAUGUUGGUGACAAGAGCCCAAGCCCUUUAGACAUCGUCCCUUACUUUCCCAGUCAGCUUAGCAAGGAGAGAAUUGUAACUGUUGUAUGUGUGUGUUGGUAGUAAUACAUGCAUAUCCAUUUGAAUUUCAUGAGCUUCUUAAUGGUAAUACAUCUCCAUUUUCCUAAUGGUAACAUGUUUUAUUGAGAAAGUGAAAGCUACUCUUUCACCUUCUGCCACUGGUGGCUGUCAUGUAUUGCCUGUUAUACGCUUGGCAUAAUACAUCACUUUUAUAUCUAAUCUUCCCAACAACGUCAUAUGGUCAGUAACGGAGAGUUAGCUUAGUGCCUUAAUCUCACAACCCAGCAUUCUUGUUUGAGUAAGGAAGUAUCAAGAUGGAAGAUAUUUUGGAUGUUAACGUAGUCCUGGGCCUGUAAAACAUAAACAUGAAUGAUUUGAACCAGUUGAUUGUGGAGGGAAGGCAGGUUCAUGUGACCCUGUCAGUGAAGAGUUUCCUUGUUCCAGGGCUUGUUUGUUGCUACACAAGAUACCAGCUCUUGCCUCUGCCUGUGGAGAGCGUGACUGGGCUGUCCUGGCCACUGGUGAGAUUGAGAGACUUCCAGUCAGCCCAGUCCCUCCUGCAGUGGGACUAAAACACUAUUUAACAAGGCUUAGUCAGCUGUCACCUUUGGCAAGCCUGGAAGAGUUGGUUCAGAUUCACUGUUGUGUUUCUUAUGCUUCUUUGCUAAAGGGAUGAUGUGUCCUUACAUUUGGAAAACUUUGGGUUGAGGAACCUGCCACAGAAAGCCAGAAAGUCACUGAUUUCUGCCCUCCUUUGGUCUCUACUGCAUGUUUUAGUAUAUUACAUAGUGUGUACUAUCUAGAAAAAAAAAGUCACUAAUUCAAGCUGAAUUCAAGAAUCUUCCCUCAUCUCUGAGCUGACUGUGUCAUCACUUUGUGACCAGCCCCCCUGGGGAACAGUAUUGACGUUUGCCAUCAUCACACUGCUGCACAAGCUACAUUUUUUGAAGAUCCAUACUUGAUCAUGUCAUUGCCCUGCCAAGUUCCUGAUACUUGUCCAUUGGGUGCAGUGCCAGUCUUUCUCCUCCCCUUGACCUGCAGCAGUCCGUCACGGAUUGCCUGCUCUCUCUUGAGUCUGCCAUGGCUCUGUCGUGUCUCUGAAUGCAGAUUGUCUUCUUGGCUUAGAACUCUAUGAUCCCCCUUCCUUUGCUUGCUGAAUCUCCACUCUCCCUGCAAGAUCUCCUUUGAAUAUCUCUUGUCCUGUAAAAUUCUCAGAUUUCCCAAGACAGGACAUGCUUCUUCCGUGAGGUGCUCAUUGUAGCAUUGGCACUGCAUGGACACUAACUGGUUUCCUAUUAAGUUUAUCAAGGACAAAGUGCUCUUUUUUUUUUUUUCCUCUUCCCUUCUUAUUUUGAUGAUGGUGGUAUUAAUUAUCAGCAGAUGGUUCAUUGACAAGUUUAUGCAGUUGCUUGGUAGGGUUGAUAAAGGUGGUUGGGUUUGAUUAGGUUAAGGUCGCUUGAGGAGGGCAUUCCACAGCCUUUUCUGUACUGGGUCUUGUAGCUGUUGAGCAACAAAUCAGGUUCUUUCCUGUGAACAUUGUUACGUGUGGACAGUCUUUGGAGGCUAAGGACCAGAAUGAGUCGAGUGCCAAAUUUUAAAACUCCUAUUUCUAUGCCAAGAAUUACUUUAGGAUUCUACUGGAGGCGUGAUAAUGCAGUGCCCGGUGCACAGUGACCACUUUGUAAAUGUUAAUGUUAAUGGACUUCAUUGCAGCAGCCAGGAAGGUUGCUUUGUUUGUUUGUGUUUAAAGCUUUGUUUCUGCGGUUUGCCCCCUGCCCUUUCAGAGAUCUCUGAACUUCUGUCUCACCAGGUGAUGUUUCUGUCUCUAGGACCGCCUAUGGCUGUGUUAGCAGUAAGCGAAGCUCUCAGGUGAGAGACUUGUCCCUGACGUGAUCUUUCUGUUGUUUUUCUGGAUACACUUUAAUUGAAUGAUUCCCCCGCCCCUUCCUGACACCUCUUCAGAAUUUCAUCCUUACAUGUGAUAUCCUGGAAGAUACCUCUGGCUAUGAAGAUAGGAUAUGGUUUGUGACUUAAAUAUUUUCAAAAGUGAUGAAAUGAAAAAGUUUUGUAAAACUGCCUCUCACUUGCCCAUUCUGAUUGGAUGUAAAUCUUUAUUGAAGGCGCUUGCUUUGUGUAGUACUCUCUUAUUCUCACCCUUUGUCUCUGCUUGUUUUUUCAGAAGGUGAAUACUUCUCCUUGCUCAUUUUUAAGCAGCUUUCAAAGCUGCUGUUGAUGAUGCCUGAAGCUGCUUUGGAGGCAGAAAACCAACAGUGAGAUCAAGAAUUGUAAGAAUUCAAGUGUAUAAAGAAAGCUUGCUGCUCAGUUCAAGUGUGUAAAGAAAGGCGCUUGAGAUGGUCCAGGAAGUUGGUGUGGGAGAACCAGGUUCUCUAAUGAUCUUGCUUCACCAUGGCUACAAAUAUGGAGGGGCUGGUUCAUCACAGAGUGGGGACCCAGCAGGUGGCUGAGGUACCACGCACACAGACCUCUCGGCCGGAAUCUCCAGGGAUGACCAGCCCCUCCCCGCGCAUCCAGAUCAUCUCCACAGACUCCACAGUAGCCUCUCCUCAGCGCAUUCAGAUUGUGACUGACCAGCAGACAGGACAGAAGAUCCAGAUAGUCACAGCAGUGGAUGCCUCUGGAUCCCCCAAACAGCAGUUCAUUUUGACCAGUCCAGAUGGAGCUGGAACCGGGAAGGUGAUUCUGGCUUCCCCAGAAACAUCCAGUGCCAAGCAGCUCAUAUUCACCACUUCUGACAACCUUGUGCCCGGCAGGAUCCAGAUCGUCACGGAUUCUGCCUCUGUGGAGCGGUUGCUGGGCAAGGCAGAUGUGCAGCGGCCCCAGGUGGUGGAGUACUGCGUGGUCUGUGGCGACAAAGCCUCUGGCCGUCACUAUGGGGCUGUCAGUUGUGAAGGUUGCAAAGGUUUUUUCAAAAGGAGCGUGAGGAAAAAUUUGACCUACAGCUGUCGGAGCAACCAAGACUGCAUCAUCAACAAGCAUCAUCGCAAUCGCUGUCAGUUCUGCCGGCUAAAAAAAUGCCUAGAGAUGGGCAUGAAGAUGGAAUCUGUGCAGAGUGAACGGAAGCCCUUUGAUGUGCAACGGGAGAAACCAAGCAAUUGUGCUGCUUCAACUGAGAAAAUCUAUAUCCGGAAGGACCUGAGAAGUCCCCUGAUAGCCACCCCAACAUUUGUAGCAGACAAAGAUGGAGCAAGACAAACAGGUCUUCUUGAUCCAGGGAUGCUUGUGAAUAUCCAGCAGCCUUUGAUACGUGAGGAUGGCACGGUUGUCCUGGCCACAGACUCCAAGGCAGAAACAAGCCAGGGGGCUCUGGGCACACUGGCAAAUGUUGUGACCUCCCUUGCUAACCUAAGUGAAUCCUUAAACAAUGGUGACACUUCAGAAAUCCAGCCAGAGGACCAGUCUGCAAGUGAGAUUACACGGGCAUUUGAUACCUUAGCUAAAGCACUUAAUACCACAGACAGCUCCUCGCCUCCAAGCCUGGCCGAUGGGGUAGACACCAGUGGCGGGGGGAGCAUCCAUGUCAUCAGCAGAGACCAGUCAACACCCAUCAUUGAAGUGGAAGGCCCUCUCCUUUCAGACACACACGUCACAUUUAAGCUAACAAUGCCCAGCCCGAUGCCAGAGUACCUCAACGUACACUACAUCUGCGAGUCUGCGUCCCGCCUGCUCUUCCUCUCCAUGCACUGGGCCAGGUCAAUCCCAGCUUUUCAGGCACUUGGGCAGGACUGUAACACCAGCCUAGUGCGGGCCUGCUGGAACGAACUAUUCACCCUGGGCCUGGCCCAGUGUGCCCAGGUCAUGAGCCUCUCCACCAUCCUGGCCGCCAUUGUCAAUCACCUGCAGAACAGCAUCCAGGAAGAUAAACUUUCUGGCGACCGGAUAAAGCAGGUCAUGGAGCACAUCUGGAAGCUGCAGGAGUUCUGUAACAGCAUGGCGAAGCUGGAUAUAGACGGCUAUGAGUACGCAUACCUUAAAGCUAUAGUUCUCUUUAGUCCCGAUCAUCCAGGUUUGACCAGCACAAGCCAAAUUGAAAAAUUCCAAGAGAAGGCACAGAUGGAGUUGCAGGACUAUGUUCAGAAAACCUACUCGGAAGACACCUACCGAUUGGCCCGGAUUCUCGUCCGCCUGCCAGCACUCAGGCUCAUGAGCUCCAACAUAACAGAAGAACUUUUUUUUACUGGUCUCAUUGGCAAUGUUUCAAUAGACAGCAUAAUCCCCUAUAUCCUCAAGAUGGAGACCGCGGAAUACAACGGCCAGAUCACGGGAGCCGGCCUCUAGUGCAGCCCCAGCCUGCCACCAGGAGGUAAUGCCAUGCAGACAUUCCCCGUGCUGGCCAUCCCCCACCUGGUGUCCCCAGUUGACCACAACUAAGACUCGUACGACCCCUCCCUGACCCCAGACGACCGUGACUAAGACUUAUAGGACCCUCCCUGCCUUGGAGACGUUCUCAUGCCUUUGGAUGAAGCAGACUUUGGAACAAUCUUUUAAAAACUCAAUUUGUAUUUAGGAAUUCUCAAAGGGCAAAAAAACAAAAAUGAAGUUUUAUAAUGUCAGAUUAGUAUUAAAGAAAACUAAAAGAAACUAAGAGAACAGUAUGUCUGUAAAUAUAUUAAAAAUGUCCUUGGAGCUAAUAGCUACUAAUUACCAGGGUAACAAUAUUAGCACUUUCUGAGCACUUCUUAUCCAUGUUAGCAGCAUCUUGCCUGUGGGCAGGGCAAGUGGAGACUGUAUGUUAGUGUUUUGCUGAAAUGCUAAGGAUUCUGUGAGAACUCCGAGGGUACAGGAGACAAUCAUUUCUGUGUAAGAGAAGGCAGCAUGAUUCCUAAGUGUAUGCACACAUCAGUGAUGUUGGGCUCAAUUCCUGUGACUGAGAAGGUGACUGGCAUCAUGUAUUGCGGGGGAGUAGCACUAGUACAGGUGGGGCACCCAAACUGGAAGCUCCCCACUGUGGAGCUGGCACUUGCGGCACUUGCCACAGCCCCUGACCUGUCUAGGACUGGUGCGUGUGGGCUCCACCACAGCCUGAACUUUCUCCCUGUGGCUGCCUUCUGGGAUGAGACUGCCAGACAAGGCCUGCAGCGCCUCCAUGUCCAUGGCAGGUGGCAUCUGAGCAGAAAGCCUAAGUAGGCAUUCUGAACCCUCAACAGCACUUCUGACAGGACAGGUGGCUCCGUGCUGUCCAGCCGGAAGGACAUGGCCUCCUUCCCGCCCCGAAGGUUUCUGUUCUUGAUGAAGGGCUCAAACCCCUGCAACCAUUCAGAGCUGGGGUCUGGCCUAGGACUGUGCCACAGCAGAAGGCGAAGGUAAACAGGUUUCAGGAUUUUUCUUUCCCCUGUUGACCUUAAAUAUUUUACAAUGUCUCCAGACUCCAUCUCCCUCCCGGCAAUUGUCACAGCCUUUUGGCACACUGCACACUUUGGCUCCCCAAUGUGUGCCCGCCUAUGACCCGGGCAUUUUACAUGAUGGAUACAGAGCAGCAGGCUGCCCAUUCCUUAAAAAGCCAGUCCCAUGCCCAAGAUGCUCAUUUUGCCCAGACACAGACAGUGACCGUAAAGCACAGGAACGGCCCCUGAGCGCUCUGGAUAUAGAUAAGCAUUGGGUUUUCCAUUUGAGAAAGUGACAUGCAAAGACUCUGCUGAGUGAGUGCACUGUUUGCUUCUUAAGAAGGCCAGAUUCAGAACCUGUAUCAGUGUAAAGCUAAAGGUGCACUGCUCAACCUGUUGAUUGUAUGGUAUGCAAAAAGGUAUCAGUUCUGUCCCCUGCCUCAUGGGCACUCAGCUAUGGGCAGGACGGAUGCUGCCAAGGGCUCAAGGCAGAAUAGUGUUUUCUCCUAUGUGGGCAGCACUCUGGCAGUCGCUGUUACAGACAGCGAACUGGGCAGUAUCUGCAACAUAAGGCCAGAAUUUAACCACAGUUUAUAGUUAAUGUAUUGAACACAAGUACUGCAGAGUGGGAGAGGUCAUUAGAAAUAGAGGGUUUUAUUCUGCCAGUUGCAGUCGUUUGUUGUCCAAGACAGUAGCGGUUUCAUUCCUGCUGGUGAGGGGCUGUGGUUUAGAGGGUGUCUAAACCUGCACAGAGAGGGGGCCUCCUUCAACUUUGAUUUUUGAGCAUGUGCAUGUUGGCCUUGUCAUAGUUCCUGGAAAUGCGUGUUUCACAGCUUUCAGAGCCCAGCACGCUCAGCAGCAGGACCUGGAGGCCUGCAGCCACUCAGCACCCAGGCUCAGUUUGGGGAAAGAAGCACCUCGCCUUGGGCACGCCCGGCCCAGGAUUGGUUCUGCCUUGCAGUUGCUGAUUCUAACCUUGGCCUGCUUCUGCUGUCCCUUGGCUGAGGGUGGCUGACUCCAGAGCAGUGGCAGCGGGCUUUGUACUCCAUUGGCUUCUCCACCUUGAAGUGACCUUGUUUUAAGGAUCACAUUUACAAAACCUGAAUGCUUGCCUCAGAUCCAUCCCAUCUCCUGUCAACCUGCUUCAGAAAAGCCAAACUAACCAAUGAAGAGAGAACCGACAAGGCGUUUUCCCCACGUUAGUUGAAUGAGACCCAGUCAUGGCCACCAAGUUCUGGGCUGUUGCGCUGUGUGAGCCCACUGAUGCUGCUCCAGCAGUGAGGAGAGCACGCGGGCUCAGGGGAAGCAGACGCUGCUGUCAUGUUCUGGUUAUGUGAGCUCUUUCCCAGAGGAAUCUCGGAUAAGGUUAAGUGGUUACAUGUUGGAAUUUGUGGAGAUCACUGGUAGGAGCAUAAAACAAAGACUUAGAAAAAGACCAGAUUAUUUAAGCAAGUAAUAUUUUUUAAGUCACUCCUGGAAAAUGUUUUUAAAGAAGUAGUGUUAACUAUCCUUGUCCUUUGAAAGUUCUCUGUGGAAUCUGGAAGACUACAUUCCUUAUUGCCUGCUUUUUGCCGUGGGCUCUGGCUCAGGUCGCUGGGCUUCGGUGUUUGAUUGCAGGUGUAGUCGUUUGCUGUAUGUUACGUGCUUGCCCUCCAAAGGGCCUGCGUGCUAGCAGGGCAGUGUUACAAGCCAGGCCACCACUGUGGUGACCAAGCUAGCUGUGUGUGCUUCCGCCUGGAGCAGCAACAGCCUCACAGCGUGACACAUGGACUUGACUCUUGAGUCUGGCCCUUCCCCUCUUGGGAUGGGCACUUCCUACAGAGCAGCCCCACGCCCAGCCCACCCUUGCUGGCAGUUCAUAUCCAGUUUCUAGGGUCCUGACCUCACAGGAGCCCAGAAACUAUGGGAUUGUGGGUACACUCUGUCCUCUAAACCCAGGCCACAGCAGGUGUCACUGUGUGACAUCCCUCUCCCAGGGAGGCCCCUGGGAAUGUCUCGGCCUGCACAGCGUGCACCCACAGGCUGCCUUUGCCCAGCUCCCACUGUGUAGAUGGUAUGACUCUGAAAACAUCCUAGCUUUGAUUGAUGCAGAUUUCUGAAGCCAACUCGUGGAAACAGGGUUCUGGACUCCCUCAUUGUGUGCCUCUGCCAGUGUGCCCUGCACAUGGCCAUCCCUGGGCCCGUCGGCAACAUUGUGGGUGUACAGGUGUGCAGGCCUGUGUGACGGACUGAAUGUAUGCGUGUCUGUCUCCCCUGUGCAGUGUGUAUAUAGUCUGUGUGUACAUAAGUGUAUAUGAUGUAUACAGCCAUGUAGCCACCUCGCCAACUUUGCUUAGGUCUAAAGAGUUCAUGGUAGUUGCUAAAGGGAAGCAGAUGGUGUGAAAGGUCCCUCAGCAGGAAGCACUGCCGAUGGUUUCCUAAACUGCUUCCCUUUGAGUGAGCCUGGCUGGGAGGGCCAUGAAAUCAGAAUCCAUUCUGCGUAAGGAAAAUUCUAGACAGAAGUUCUGACAGGAUGCCAUUCUUGUAUUUUCUCGAGGUUCAGACAAGGGCCAGGAAGUUUGGAAGUUUUUCCUAAAGCCCAAAUCUAAGUGAGGACUCUUGGUCUACUUCCUGCAUGCCUCUGGCCCAGCUGGAAGGAAGCUGCAGUGAGAGCCAGCACCUUGCCCAGUACGGCAGCUCUUCUGUGGGGUCCAGGGUCACAGCAUGGCCUUGGCAGCAGUCCCUGUGCCCGCUCAAGACCAGGGCAUUGUCCUGUGACCCAUCUCCCAUCUCUGAUGCCGGCUGAAAAACCAACGAUCCACCCAGUAUUCAUUUUAAAUAAGCAUGAGUGUUGACGGCUAAGACUUGUGGGGCGCAUAGCUGCAAGUUUUAAAUUGUCUAGCUGCAGGCAUGCGAUUGAAACCCACAGAUUUCACUCCUUUCUGUAAAUGGUUGAAAUUGUCUCAGUACAAAUUGUUAUUUUUGUGCCCUUCAAACUACAGAUGCCAGACUUUCCCUAUCCAGCUCUUUCCUGAUGAAUUUUAACCCUUGAUGAGGCUUUAAACUGAGACAUGGCACUCAGGAGUUAGGGCUGUGGCUGGAACGUGGAGAGUCCACCCGCGGAAUCACUGGCGAACAGCAAGCACUCGCGUAAUCCACAGGUCACUCACGUCCUCCUUAUACCAAGCUCCCGGCCGUCUGAGAGCACGUCCUGAGACCAGAGUCCUCAGUGCCUUCUGUGCCCUGGGCCGUCAGCCCUCCACUCUCCCACCUGGACGCUGAGAGAAGCUGCUCCCUGGCCUCCCCCUGCCGUGACUGGGCGAGCGUCCUCAUGCCAUUGCCCGUCGUGACAAUCACACUGCUCAGAGCGGCUCUCCAGGUCAAACACUGAGGGAGGCGUGGUCUCCACAGGAAACCUUUCCCACAUUUCUUUUGGGGCUAUUUAUCUUAACAGCAAUCAGAAAAAGUAAAGGAAUGUCAUGUUUUAUCCCAGCUGUACAUGUUUAAGAAGCCAGUAACUUUGGUAUCUCAGUAUUUAUACAUAAAACAGAAAACAAUACUCCACACUCAUCAGUUGACAGACUGUGUUAAUGUUUGGCUAAUUUUCAGUAGAUUUUUACAUUAAAAACAAGCUUUUCUUAGCAUUUUUUCAACAACCAUCACAUUCAUGGACUUCAAUGCUGCCGCCACGUAAAACACAAGUGCUGAAAUAUUUUUCUACAGUUCCUUGUCUCCCAAUUAACUUGUAACCAGUGUUCAACUAGUUUUAUAAUGGGAAAACUGCACAUUUUUCAUAGUGCCGACCAUAGUUUUUAUCUGUAGUGUGGAUUCCUCCUUUAAAAGGUAGCUGUGAGUUACCGGCCCUUUUAAAAUUGGGGUUUUAGGUUUUCUUGGGACCGUUUCUGCAACCUCUGCCCUUCACAAUAUGAAUGCCAUUACAUUCUAAUUCCAGGUUUAAAACCUGUCAAAAGCUGUAGCUUUACACAGCGUUCUUCCCUGUGAAAUCAGCUUUGUUAUGUGAUGGCAUUUUAAAAUGGCAUGUACUUUUUAAGCUGAAUUUUAUAUCUAAUCAGUGUCUUCAGUCCUGAAGAAGAUUUGCAUUGUCAUGUUUGUAUAUAGAGAAUUGCAGUGCAUGAAUUAGCUUUAUGCAUUUUAUUAAAUGCUGUCUCUGUGGCAUUGUGUGGCUUACUCCUCCCACCUGCGUGAGGUUUACCAUUAAAGUGACUGAAAGACUAA